UCGAAUGCGAUUAAUUAUCGUCCAAUCGAGGACGGCAUCGCAUCGUCUCACUCUUUCUUCCUUCCUUCUCCAUCUUUCUUCUUCUGCGCAGACAGUUCGUCUCCAAGAAGCAAGCUUGACUUUCCGCUGCUGCCUUUGCCACCCCAAACAACCUUGCCCCCUCCCCAAAUCGAUUCUCCUUCUCUCUCCUUCGCCGGCGGCAGCCUCCGACAUGUCGUACGAUUACCUCUUCAAGUACAUAAUCAUCGGCGAUACAGGUGUGGGGAAGUCAUGCCUGCUGCUGCAGUUCACCGACAAGAGGUUCCAGCCCGUCCAUGAUCUCACCAUCGGCGUCGAGUUCGGCGCCCGCAUGGUCACCAUCGAUGGCCGCCCCAUCAAGCUCCAGAUUUGGGACACUGCUGGACAAGAAUCCUUCAGAUCCAUCACAAGAUCUUAUUACCGUGGAGCAGCGGGAGCACUUUUGGUUUAUGAUAUUACAAGGAGAGAAACAUUUAAUCAUCUAGCAAGCUGGCUAGAGGAUGCUCGGCAGCAUGCGAAUCCCAACAUGACUAUCAUGCUUGUAGGAAACAAGUGUGAUCUUGCCCAUAGGAGGGCGGUCAGCAAGGAAGAAGGGGAGCAGUUUGCAAAGGAAAAUGGACUUCUGUUUCUGGAGGCAUCUGCAAGAACUGCCCAAAAUGUUGAAGAAGCUUUCGUAAAGACUGCUGCAAAGAUCUUACAGAAUAUUCAAGAAGGUGUGAUUGAUGCAUCUAAUGAGGCAUGUGGAAUCAAGUUUGGGCAUGGACGUCCACAAGGUCUAUCGGGCGGAAGGGAUGGAACAGUAUCUCAGAGGAGUGGAUGUUGCAGCUGAUUCUAGAAUCGAGAUUAGUUUAGUUAUUCGAGGCCUAGCCUCUUUAGCAUCUAUGACCUCGAACACACUCGCAAAGAUUUUUCAUGUGAUGACCCAACAGAGAAGUUUGUGUGAGAAAAAUAACAGUGUACAGUGUGACAAGUCGGGCUUCUUAAUGAUCGGAUGAUUCUUCUGUUUGUUUA